GGAGGAGGAGGAGGGGGUAGCAGGAGAAUGGAAAGAACUUGAGUUGAGGAAUUUGAAUGCUAGUUGGAAGGAGGAGAGAGAGAGGGGAAAAGAAAAAAGGGGGACGAAGCAAGGAGUAUCGGAGGGAGUGUGGGGAAAACGGGCAGGGUCUGGACAAGGAACAAGAGACUACACGGCAGACCGGUUCAAAACUAUUCCCAUCGGAAUAGUUUUCUUAACAACUCAAUCAACUUUGCUGAAAACUUCAACGCGACUUUAGAUGAUUUUGUGCGCCGUAUUCUUUGCGUUGGGGGGUCUAUUUGACAUCAGUGCUUUAACACCGCUCCAAGGAGGAAGGUAGGAAAGUUUGGGUCAGCAACGUUUUCUUUUUGUUAUUUGUCCGUCACUUUGCUGGAAAGGAGAAGCGAAACUGGAUCGGAGUUGACCAUACCUGCGGAUAACCCGUCACCAGUCCCAACAUCCUCUGGAGUAGCAGCGAAACUCUUAAGUUCUUCAGAUCAACUUUUUUUGGGGUUACCGGCGAGAUGCUUUGAGUUGAUCUUGUUUGCGCUGACACUCUUAAAACAUUAACAUGAAGAAUCAGUUCAUCGACCUGGUCCAUAAAAGAGAAGCGAGGAUGGGGAUCUACCAACCGGUGAUGCUUGUGUUGAUUUUGUCCGCUUUGAGGACCGUAGGAUCAGUCACCGUGACAGCGCUGGAGUUUGAGCACAGCCCCAUCACGGUGAUCUCCUCGCUGGGCAAGCCGGUGAGGAUGCAGUGCAGCUUGAAGGGCCGCGGGGGCGAUGAGGAAGACCCCCCCGACGUCUUGUGGCUCCGAGACGGCCAGCCGCUGCUGCUCGCCGACACCAACCAGAUCCAGGUCCCGCUGGACGAGGUCAGCUGGAGGGUCGUCAGCACGCUGAGGAUCGAGAAGGUCCAGCUCUCAGACAUGGGCUCCUACCGCUGUGCAGUAGAGUUGGAAGGUCACAACACCAUGUCAAAGCCUGGGAACAUCCAGCUGGAGGGUCUGCCUCACUUCUCCGUGGAGCCUCACCAUAUGUCAGUGGUGGCCAACGUCUCCGUCCGGCUGCAGUGCGUGGCUCACGGCCCCCCAGAACCCGUCCGGGUCAUCUGGCUCCGGGACGGGGCCCCUCUGAACACCCUGAAGGAUUCAGUGGCCCUGUCCCCCUCAACACUCAACCUGACAGGUCUGAACCGAACCAGCACCUUCUCCUGCGAGGCCCACAAUGACAAGGGCGUGGCCACGUCUGGCUCCGGUACCAUCACAGUGCUACCCUCUAUGCCCAAGAGACUGAGUGUGACGGAGAGCACCCAGACCGCCCUACGGGUGUCCUGGCUUCCGGGCUUCGGUGGCGACUACCCCAUCAUCCGCUGUUCAGUUCAGGCCAAGCGCUCAGGAGAGCCGGACUCAGACGGCCCCGGGGAGCUGGUCCACAACCCGAACGUCAACAUCCCCCCCUCCAGCCAUCUGAUGGAGGGCCUGGAGCCCCACAGCCUCUACUCCGUCAGGGUGGCCUGUCACAGCAGCCAGGGCCCCUCCGAGUGGGGCCCCUGGCUGGACAUGAAGACCAAAGAAGGAGUGCCAGAUAGUGCGCCGAGUAACGUCAGUGUGCUGCUGAACGGCACAGAGGUGCUCGUUAAAUGGGAUGAGCCCAUUGGAAAACUGAAUGGAGAUCUGCACGGAUACAUGGUGGAGUACAGGACACCGAAUAUGGAGCAGGCUGUUGUGGACACGGGAUUGGAUGCAGAGCUGUCACUCAACCUGUCCAAGCCCCUAUCCAACGUGACCUUCCGCGUGUGCGCCUACACAGGGGCGGGUCAGGGCCCGUGGACCCCUCUAAGCACUCUGACCCUGGUUGACCCCGAAAUGGAGGAGCAGCAAUUCCGAGGCCUGUCCUCCCCGAAGGCCUUUUCCUGGCACUGGUGGUACGUCGUCAUGGCGAUUGCCGGCGCGGUGGCCAUGGCGGUGCUCAUGGCCGUCUACGUGGCCAAGCUGCGUCGCAAGGAGACGCGCUUCGGAGACGCAUUUGAGCCAAUGAUGGAGAGCGGGGAGAUGGUGGUGAGGUACCGUGCACGGCGCACGUACAGCCGCAGGACCACCGAAGCAACAUUGAACAGCCUUGGCAUAAGCGACGACCUGAAGCAGAAGCUUCAAGACGUCAUGGUGGACCGUCACAAACUCACCCUGGGAAAGACCCUGGGGGAAGGAGAGUUUGGUUCGGUGAUGGAGGGUCUGUUAACCCAGGAGGAGUCGGUCCUGAAGGUCGCUGUGAAGACCAUGAAGAGUGAGUGGAGCUCCGAGACACACCCUGGGAGCAAACACUUCCCCCACGACAUCAGCGACAGAAGACCUUACUGUGUUCUCCUUCCAGGUGUGUGUCUGCAGACGGUGGAGAGUGAGGGCUACCCCUCCCCGGUGGUCAUCCUGCCCUACAUGAAGCACGGGGACCUGCACAGCUACCUGCUCUACUCACGGCUGGGAGACACCCCCGUGUACCUUCCCUCCCAGAUGCUGGUAAAGUUCAUGACCGACAUCGCGCGGGGAAUGGAGUACCUCAGCAACAAGAACUUCAUCCACCGCGACCUCGCUGCUCGUAACUGCAUGCUGAAUGAGAACAUGAACGUGUGUGUGGCCGACUUCGGUCUGUCCAAGAAGAUCUACAACGGAGAUUAUUAUCGCCAGGGCCGCAUCUCAAAAAUGCCCGUCAAGUGGAUCGCCAUCGAGAGCCUGGCCGACCGCGUCUACACCACCAAGAGCGACGUGUGGUCGUUCGGUGUCACCAUGUGGGAGAUCGCCACGCGCGGCCAGACGCCGUACCCGGGCGUGGAGAACAGUGAGAUCUACGACUACCUGAGGCAGGGGAACCGCCUGAAGCAGCCCCCCGACUGCCUGGACAGCAUCUACUCCCUGAUGUUCUCCUGCUGGCUGCUGAGCCCCAAGGACAGGCCCAGCUUUGAGGAAAUGCGCUGGGAGAUGGAAAAGGCCCUGGACGACCUGCCGGACCCCCAGGACCCCGACGAGAUCCUCUACGUCAACAUGGACGAGUCCUCGUUGGAGCUGGGGGCGGUCGGGGGCCGCGACCCCGCGGGGGGCGGCGGCGUCGGCGGGGGUCCUCUGGGCCUGAAGGGCCUGGACUCGGUGACCACGGUGGAGGUGCACCACAACAACCGCUACGUGCUCUGUCCGCAGCACGAGCCCGUCCGCGGCCUCGCAGACUCCCUGGAGAGCCUGGACCUGGGCGUGUCCUCGUCCAGCGCCACCCUCCCCUACAACACGUCCUGCCGGCCCACGCCAAGCCCGCCCACCCAGGCCUCCACCCCCACCCGGGAGUUGAUGGAGGACAGGGAGGCGCUGAGCUCCAGGAAGGUGCCGUGGGAGUGACGGCGGCCCCUCGUAGUCCCCCGGGCUGGUGUUCAGAGACUAGAGAGGGAGGGAGAGAGCGGGGGGGAGAGAGAGAGAGACUGAGAGAGAGAGACUGAACACGAGCUGAUGCUUACCAGCUCCUCAGCCAAUCAGAGAGCAAAAGAAACAUCAUGCUACUUGCCUGGCUGGUGACCUCACUCCGCUUAGGGUUCUCCCUACAUUUUGCACAAAAAGACACACACACACACACAAACACCCACACACACACACACACGCGCACGCACUCUUGGGGCAUUCCAAGGUAUUGGGAGAUCGGGGGGUCUUAUUCCCCCCCUGACUGAGACAAGCACAUGUCAAAGCAGGAGGUAUGAUUUACCCUAAGCGACGGCUGUACCACGAAAACACGAAACGUUGCCACAAUCCUCUACGCCGUGCCAUUCAAACCGAAGAUGCACUGUCGUCUGUCAUCUGCACUGCCGCACAAUCAAAGACAAAGCAAACCCCUUCCACCAGCACCACCACCAUCAUCGUGGUCUUCCUCGUGAGAGCAAUAAUGUGCCACCACUCUUCAUCACUGACUUGGAUACAAACAAGCUUGCGGUGAUCCGACAAAGUGAUCCGAUGUUUCCAUGGAACCAGCUCACACACUGCCAACACCCACGCGUUACUUCGUACAAAACACUUGACGAUCUCAGGAGCUUACACUGCCUUCCAGAGUAACAGAGCACAGAUUUCUUCCAGCGUGGAAUCCACGCGUCUCGUACACUGAGGACAUUAGAACGGCAAGGAAAAAGUAAAGGAGGGAGGGAAAAGAGAAGAAAAGGGAAAAAUCCAGAAUGUUUAUUUUUCUUUCGUAUUUACUUGGGUGAUUAUGAUACUUGCAACACCCCAUAUAUUUCUGAGUUCCUGUUAGAAAGUUUCUGUUUUGAAUUCAUUCUGUUAAAGGUCAAGUCCAAGUGAUUUAAUUUUACGUGUUACAAAAGUAAAACAUCCCAUUGCCGAUCAGCCAUGCAUGGCCGAAGCAGCUUUGAGCGUGUGUAAUCACGGCUCGAUAAGGGUUGAGUAAGUUGUACAUGACGAUCACUGUCUCUGGUUUAAGAUUCCUUCUCUUCCUUUACUCUUAACUCAGCAGCCUUAGGUUACGCUCAACUAGGGCAACGGUACCUCCCUCUGUGACUCCGUACGGCUCUGAUCCUCUAACCUUAACUCCUCAGCUCCACCAGAGCCAUCGAGUGUCUCGUUUAAUGAGAUUAAUGUGGCUGGGUGACGCCGCCGUAAUAAUCAAUGGAAGCGAUGCGGGUCUGCCAGUGUUUCCGUCCAAGUUUAUACAAGUUGCAACGCUUACAUCUUUGAUCGCGAACGGUAGUGACUGUCCAUUCGCCAUUUUUACGCAUGAAUUAUGACACUCUUUGUUUUUAUAAACCCGAACACUUUGCCCAUCUUAAACUAAACGGUUCAUCAACACGCCUAGCAGAGCACAGUUAAUGGCGAGUGGACUGACGUUGAUACUGUGCGGUACUUCCAGUAAUGCCCUUGUGGUACGGGGAUCAUUCGCAUCAUUCGCAUGGUGAAAGCCAUGCAGAUAAGGCUGGGAUGGCCCGGUACGACCACAGUCCCGAGCAUCUUCAAAAGAGCGGCUGCCUUGCUCAAGUGUUCUUGGUAAAAGGUGCCUAAUGUCUUCCCCAGAUUUGGAGAGAUGCGAUGUGUACGAUCCUGAAUGCAUACCACCUAAUUGUAUGCCGUCAAAUAAUACUUGCGUGUGUUUCAAAUGUCACAGCAAAAAGACAGUGUUAAUAAUAAUUAAGCGUCUGUCGAUGUUUGUCGGUUUAUGUAUUUUUUUUUAGACCCAACUUUGCACUAAUGUAAACAAUUUCUGUACCAUUUUGUUUAUAUUGUUUUUGUAUUUUUGUGAAACUUCUUUUUCUACUGACAUGGUUGAUUUGUAGAAAGCCUGUCGCCCCUCCUCUGCCUUCAAUACACUUGUGGAAGGCCUACCACAGGCCAUGGCGUUAGUCCGUGCCUGUGGAUCACAGGGGCGUUGUACUGUAGCUGGACACAUGGAGGCUUUUCCAUGACUGAAUGCGUGGGCCGAAGGGGGACAUGAGUCAGAUCCCGCAACAUCGGUUGGCUCGGGUGUUUCCAGUGAAACAGAGUCUCUGUGUUCCAGGAGGUCUAACACAGCGCCGUGAACAGAGACGGAGUGAGAGAGCGACUACACGUCCAGGUGACGCUCUGUCUGCUUUAGGACGAUUCACCCACUGUGAUUGGCCAGCGCACAUGCACUUAUUCUUCUGCUCGUGUUAAUGCCUUUUUUCACGAGGAUGGGCGUGGCCUUUUUCCUGGCGUACCUGGCAUACUUUCCUCAAUGUUUGGUAUACAAAAGCCUGUUCUGGUCAACACAAUGUAAAUUGUAUCCAUAAUAUAGUGUACAUUUCUUUCCUGUUUUAUCUACAGUACUGUACUGAUUAAUAAAACCUUAGUCUAACUGUACGUGAACCAUAGACGGACCUAUAGUGAGAAUUAUACCCUGGCUUUGUCGGGACCAACAUAUUUCCGGUUUAAAAAGACGAAGAUAGAAAAAAAAUGUAUGAAGUGUACAUCGGCCCUCAAGAAAAGAAAAGCUUACGUGAUAACAUAAAAAGUUACAUUCUUCUAUUCAUCCUCCGCUACUAUCCUCUAUGUCAUACUUUAUUGACAGAAAUCAAUUACAACUUGUAAAAACUAAAUGUACAAAGUGCCUUUUACAGAGUGACUAUUUUGUAGUACAGCAGUUUGGGUGAACCAGUAUCCUACUCCAGGUUUUGCGUUCAAGUAUGCAGACCUGGAGGCAGAGAGUACUAUGAUGGCCAAUGAUGUCACUGCCUUGAUUUGUAAACAGAUUUCCUUUUUAUACCUACAGUAUUUUGUAUACAAAAUAAAUGUGUUUGUUCCUGUAA